UGAACGCGGCGCAUGCGUGCUUGGUUCCCACGCACUUCGGUGAAGUUGUUUUAAAAAAAAAGUAAACAAGUCCCAGGAAUAAGUUAAAGUUGACACAAUUAGCCUUUUACAAAUAUGAAGGAAGAUAAGGAAAACACUCGACCCAGGGAGAUGAGGGUGGAAUUAAUGUGUGAAGAUUCAGAUAGGACGGAGAAAUUGAAAGAAAAGAAGGAGACCAUGACAAAGAUUGUCAUCAGAAGGCUGCCACCGAGUCUCACUAAAGAGGAGCUGGAGGAGCAACUGCAGCCUCUUCCAGAAUUAGACUACUACGAGUUCUUCUCCAAUGACACCAGCCUGUAUCCUCACCUCUUUGCGAGGGCUUACAUCAACUUUAAAAACCAAGAAGAUAUCGUCCUGUUCAGGGAUCGCUUCGACGGCUACGUGUUCAUUGACAGCAAAGGACAGGAGUACCCCGCUAUUGUGGAAUUUGCACCUUUUCAAAAGACUUCCAAAAAAAGAAGCAAGAAAAAGGACGCCAAGUGUGGAACCAUUAGUGACGAUCCUGAUUACAAGAAAUUCUUGGAUUAUUAUACUGGAGACAAUGAGAAGUUGACAUCCACGCCGGAGACUUUGCUUGAAGAGCUUGAAGCCAGGUCCAAGGAGCUUGUAGCUAAAAAAACAACUCCUUUGCUGGACUUCCUGAAGAAUAAACAGAGAAUCAGGGAGGAGAAGAAAGAGGAGAGGAGGCGGCGUGAGCUGGAGCGCAAGCGCCUGCGAGAUGAGGAGCGCCGUAAGUGGCGCGAGGAGGAGCGGCGGAAGCGCAAAGGAACUGAGAAAAUGAAGAAACCGGAGCUUGACAAGGACCAAGUCAAAGACGAGCCAAAAAUAAAACUGCUUAAAAAGCCGGACAGAGGAGACGCUGCCGACUCGGAUAAUGCGAAGGAGAAGUUUAAAAAAGCUGAGAGGCCCAGCAAAGAGUACAGCAGAAGCGCAGAGCAUAAGAGACGACAAAACAAUGACAACAAGGAGGAGCGCGCAAAGAAAGCAGAUGAGGAAGGCCUCAAAGAGUUUCGGGAGCAUGAUGCUGAGCAUGUUCGGGACAGGGAGCGUGAGCUAGAGAAGGAGCGUCAACAAAGGGAGAAAGAACGCAUGAGACGGCAAGAGCGACGCAGGAGGAGGGAAAGGCACGACGGUGAGAACGUCACCAGGAAGUGGGCGGAGGAAGAGGGACCAUCCAAGAAAGAGAGGGAGCGGCCGUCGGAAAAAAAGCGAACAGACAACACAUCAGAAUCUGACAAGAUGGAAAAGGCGCCAAAACACGACAAGAAGGACGACAGCGCCAAGAGAGAACGACUUCGGAAUAAAGAUCGUCCCGCUAUCCAGCUGUACCAGCCUGGAGCAAGAAGCCGCAAUCGCCCAGCAGGAGGCGGAGAAGGAGGAGGUGAUGCCAGCUCUGUCGACAGGAAGCCAGACACGGAGACAAAAAAAAUGGCUGAGAAGGGUGACGACUGAGCAGAUUUCUGCUUUGGGCGUCUUUUUGGUAUAAUGGAGAAGGAUGCGGCCAGCGAGACUGUGAGCAGUAUGUCGCCUCAGGGCCUGCUCUUCCAUGUUUGAGGCCCACUCGUGGUUCAGAGUGGAGCUUGGUUGUGCCUCUAAGUGAACCUCUUUAGUUUCACUCCUCGGUAAAACAAAGAGUUUGCCUGCAGGGCACAGAAAACCCUCAAGUGACCUUAAUUUUAAACCGUAUCACUGAUAACAUUCUGUUUUAUUUCUGCUCAUCACAUCAAAAUUUUCAAGCAUUAUUGACAAGCUUGUGAAUGGCAUUAUGAACAUGGAAUAAACACAGCUCUACCAGUU